AUGAUCAAAACAGAGCUGAUUGAUUCAAAGAAACAUCCUCCCGAAAAUAUUAUAAAAGACAUUUUAAAUAUCAUUGAGUACAAUAAUCGGUAUACAAAGUCAUACUUGAAACUUGCAAAACUCAUUUCUGAUGAUUAUCAUGUAACAGAUGUAUCUAAUAUUACGAAUCUUUCUAACUACCUCUUUUAUGAAGAAUAUGGAAUUAAUUUGGACAAAACAAAAAAUUUAGAAACAAAUAACCUACAAAAUCUCAAAAUUCAUUCAGAAGAUACAAUUUUCAAAGCAAUUAUGGAUAAUGACUUAGAAAAAUUCAUUGCAUUCACUGAAAGACAAGGAUUUGAUAAAGAUCAAAAUCUCAAAAGCAAUUUAUAUCCAUCUUCUUAUGAAGGAUAUUCAUUACUUGAAUUAUGUUGUUACCAUGGAGCAGUUGAUUGUUUCAAGUUCUUAAGAACAGAAUUUAAAUCAACAAUAACUGAUACAUGUCUCAAAUUUUCAUUUUUAGGAAGAAGUAAAGAGAACUUGAGUGAAUGCUUGAAAUAUCUGAAACCAAAUGAAUUUUGCAUGAGAUACGCAAUUAUUUCACACAACAUUGAUUUUGUUACAUUUCUGAUGAAUGAAUAUAGUUUAUAUAUCGACUUAGAAUACUGUGCCGAACAUAACAAUAUUGAAUCAUUUUUAGUAUAUUUCGAUCGAAACCAUUAUGUUGACAAAUGUUUUGUUUUUUCACCUAUGUUUAAUAUUCCAUCCUUUUGUGAAUAUUUCCUUUCACGUUGUUAUCAUGUCAAUAUAAGAGUUAAUGGAUUAACAGCUCUUCACCGUACGACAUGGAAUAAUUGUAAAGAAAUAACUGAACUUCUUAUUUCACAUGGCAUAUUUGUUGAUGUGAUAGACAACAAUGGUAAAACCGCUCUUCAUUAUGCAGCAUUGAAUAAUAGUAAAGAAAAAGCCGAUGUUCUUAUUUCACAUGGCGCAAACAUCAAUGAAAAAGAUAGUUAUGGACAAACCGCUCUUCAUAUUGCAGCAUUGAAUAAUAGUAAAGGAAUAACCGAACUUCUCAUUUCACAUGGUGCAGAUAUCAACGAAAAAGAUAAUUCUGGACAGACCGCUCUUCAUAAUGCAUCGCGUAAAAAUUGUAAAGAAAUAGUCGACCUCCUUAUUUCACAUGGUGCAAAUAUCAAUGAGAAGGAAAACAACGGAAAAACCGCCCUUCAUCUUGCAGCAGAAUAUAAUAGUAAAGAAACGGCAGAACUUCUUAUUUCACAUGUUGCAAAUAUCUACGAAAAAAAUAAUUCUGGACAAUCUGCUCUUCAUUAUGCGGCACGUAAAAAUUGUAAAGAAACAGCAGAACUUCUUAUUUCACAUGGUGCAAAUGUCAACGAAAAAGAUAAUUCUGGACAAACUGCUCUUCAUAAUGCAACAGUAGGAAAUAGUAAAGAAACCGCCAAAUUUCUUAUUUCACAUGGCGCAAAUAUCAAUGAGAAAGAUAAAGAAGGAAAACCGCUUCUUCAUCAUGCAGCAUGGAAUAAUUGUAAAGAAACAGCCGAACUUCUCAUUUCACAUGGUGCAAAUAUCAACGAAAAAGAUAAUUCUGGACAGACCGCUCUUCUUCAUGCAGCAUGCUAUUAUCCUAAAGAAAUGACAGAACUUCUUAUUUUACAUGGCGCAAAUAUCAAUGAGAAAGAUAACUCUGGACAAACCGCACUUCAAAUUGCAACAAUUAAAAAUUUUGAAGAAAUUGCCGAAGUUCUUAUUUCACAUGGUGCAAAUAUCUAG